AUGGCAACUCACGGUGUAAUCGAUGACGAGAUGUACAGCUCGUCAGAAGAGGACUGUUUUGGCGAUUAUUACGACACUCACGACGACAACGAAGACGAAGAGGUGGACAACUGUCACCACAAGCGGGACAACGAGUUCUUCGAGUACGAGUGCCUAACCAUCGAAGAAGUGGAACGAUAUUUCAACGAAAGCGUGGAACAGAUCUGCGGCGCGAUUCAAGUGAGUCCAUCGUUGGCCAAACUCAUGCUCCACACUAUGGACUGGAAUGUGGAUCAAGUGAUCCAUCGGUACAGAACUGAUUGCUGUAAACUGUUGAGAGACGCGCGGAUCAAACCGCAGACUCGCUUGGCUUGCGCUCAGAGUAGUCCCGAGUCGAGCCAAUCACCGAUGCCUUCAUCGAGUAGUAGUAGCGGUAGUAGUAGUCAUACGAGUCCUGCCAUCGCUUCCAACACUUCUUCAAGCCUUCCGUUCAGAUCUCGAGUUAGUUUUGUUUUAUGUAACGUUUGUUACCAGAGCUGUCCGGCCGAGUAUCACAAAUGCCUGAGUUGUGGCCACUCGUACUGUCGCGAGUGUUGGUCCAACCAUUUGGAGGUACAUAUAGUGAACGGUGUGACCACUAAUAUAGAGUGUAUGGCAAGCAAUUGCCGAAUACUGGUUCCCGAAGACUUCGCACUCAAUCUGUUGGCCACGAAGUCGUCGCUGAGGGAUAAGUACCAACAGUUCGCGUUCAGAGAUUACGUCAACUCUCACCCGAAGCUCCGAUACUGUGUUGGCCUUAACUGUGAUAUCAUUAUCAGAGCUAAAGAGCCGAACGCCAAGCGAGUGGUUUGCAGUCAAUGCCGAAGCAGUUUCUGUUUCAAGUGUGGGGCCGACUAUCACGCGCCCACUCUCUGCCAAACCAUCAAACUAUGGCUCACGAAGUGUGAGGACGACUCGGAGACCGCGAACUACAUCUCAGCGCACACUAAGGACUGUCCCAAAUGUCACAUCUGUAUCGAGAAGAAUGGCGGCUGUAAUCACAUGCAGUGCUAUAGCUGUAAGCAUGACUUUUGUUGGAUGUGUUUGGGUGACUGGAAAACACACGGUUCCGAAUACUACGAGUGCUCCCGAUAUAAGGAGAACCCAAACAUCGUGAACGAGUCGGCUCACGCUCAGGCCCGCGAGGCCCUCAAGAAGUACCUCUUCUAUUACGAGCGAUGGGAUAAUCACUCCCGCAGUCUCCGUCUCGAGGAGCAGACACUCCAACGAAUCAAACAACGAAUCCACGAGAAGGUGAUGGACAAUAAGGGCACUUGGAUUGACUGGCAGUACCUGUUGGACGCGGCCUCACUACUGGCCAAAUGUCGAUAUACUCUACAAUAUACCUAUCCUUACGCCUACUUCAUGGAAGCGGGUCCUCGAAAGGCGCUCUUUGAGUACCAACAGUCACAGCUCGAGGCAGAGAUCGAGAACCUCUCGUGGAAAGUGGAAAGGGCUGAGACCACAGACAGGGGUGAUCUCCAGAACCAAAUGGAUAUCGCAGAGAAACGCAGGGCUACUCUUCUCAAAGACUUUCUCGCAUAA